AGAAACGAUCGAGUAAUACAGCACGGUUUCGUUGCACAUGACAAUAAACCGAGAAGCACCGUUGUAUAAUCUGUUCGCCAGUGUACUGUGUAGUCAUGUACAAUGAAUUCACAGCAAAGGUUGUAAAGCAUUGGAUGUAUGCUUGCAAAUAAUCAUACUUUACUAGUCCAGAAUGAUGGCGCUUCUAGGACCACGAAGGAAUUUUAUUUACUUUAUUGGCUCGUUCACUUCCGUAAUAGUGUUUUACUAUUUCUUCAGUACCGUUGGAAAAAUUACAGAAAAUAUUGGAAUCAAAAGAGCACGCUUUUAUAAAGACAUCGCACUUAAGGUACAAACGCACAUCAAUAAACUUACAGUGAGGGGAGGAGGCCCGGAGUUACAGGAUGUACGUGGUGAUAUGAUUCAAGAAGAUGUUCCCAAUCCCAUCAAUGAGACGACUGCUAAUCUAAGUAGUAGACCUAGCUAUGUUACAAGCAAGAAAGAAUUUUUAAUUCUCCAAUGGGUAGCAUAUCAGAACAUAACAAUCGGGGGAUUAAAAACUGCAAACUGGAAAGUGAAAAACUGUAAAAUAACGUCAAAUAGGACACAACUCAAUUCUAGUGAUGCUAUUGUUAUUUCGACAUUAAAUCUAAGGUCAAUUACUGAUCUACCAAACCAUAGAUCCCCAUGGCAAAGAUGGGUAAUGAUGCAUGAUGACCAUCCAUACCACAUACGCGUUACAAAGCGAUGGAAAUUGGAGCAGUUGGAUGGUAUAUUCAAUUGGACUAUGACAUACAAAAUGGAUUCUGAUGUUCCUAUACCAUAUGGGUGGAAAGAGAAACGGACUUCAUCUGUUCAAGUUGAUAAUUUUGCAGAAAGACAUAAAAAUGACAAAAAGAAAUCGAUCGUGGCAGCGAUGAUAAGUUCAUGCAACCCUUCGUCACAUAAUGAUAGAAUGGGAUAUGUUAAGCGUUUAAUGAAACAUAUACCUGUAGAUGUUUAUGGAGCAUGCGGCAAUUUUACCUGUCCUGGACGAUAUGUUCGUACGUGUAAAGAGAUCCAAAAGUAUAAAUUCUACCUUGCAUUUGAAAAUAACAAUUGCAAUGGAUACAUUACAGAAAAACUUUGGUCGAAUGCAUUUCAAAAUGAAGUGGUGCCAGUUGUUAUGGGGCCACCUAAAAAGGAUUAUUUGGACCAAGUACCGCCUAACUCAGUUAUUCAUGUAGAUGACUUUAAAUCACCGGCCCACUUGGCAGAGUAUCUCAAAAUCCUAGAUGGUAACUCAACUGAAUACAAUGAAUAUUUUAAGUGGAAAAAAGACUACAAAACAUUUGUGAGAGCACAAUUUCUUACUUAUAAACAUUGGGAAACAUUAUGUGACAAACUAAAUUCUGCAAGAGAGGGUGAAGUGAAAACGCACAAGAAAAUCAGCCAGUGGUUUAACCCUGAAAAUAAUUGCAUAAGUAAAAAGUGGCCUUAAUCUGUACAUCUAUAUCACAUUUAUUUGUUAUCAAAAAUAAAGCAUACAUGUACGAUUGUAAGUGUAAUUUCUAUUAUUUCGUGAUCAACCAAAAUUGACAUUCACUUCAAAAACAUUAAUACAAACUCUCUCGAUUUACUAUUCAAACAUGCCAAGCGUGUCUCAGCCAAUUAAUCAGCUUAAAGCAUUUCAGUGUUUUAAUUUAUAUAUUGAUAUAUGCAUGAAGAUGAUUCUGCUGUGAAUUAAAUUUUUUGAUAAAUGCACGGACUGAGCAGUACUUUUCUUAACUAGAAAUCGGCAACUCCACGGAGUGGCAAAUCCCAACGAACACUAAAUAAAUCAUGAAUCUGUACAGUCACAAUGUGAUAUUUGC